AUGGCGGCAGACGAUCGUGGGCCAGAACUGGCUACUAUCACUGCUGUCUUCCUCGGUCUGUCGUCGCUCACCGUCUUUCUUCGAUGCUAUGUCAGGCUCUGUUUGUUGAGGACCUUCCGCAUGGAAGACUAUCUGGCUUUGGGAACACUGCUCUGCUUCAUAGUCUAUUCGACUUUUGUCAUGUUCAGCAUCCAACACGGAGCUGGAAAGCACCUCGAUGAAGUGCCUGCCCAUGACAUUCCCGAGGCUCUCAAGAUGCGUUGGGCGGGCGAACUGGCUUACGUCGUGACGUCCCUAUUCCUCAAGUUCACCAUCGGCAUCUUCUUGCUCCGCAUAUGCUCGCAGAAGUGGCAAAAGGUUACAAUCUGGGUCGUGCUCCUAGUCUGCCUUAUUUUCAACCUUUUCUACACUUUCGUGGCCGCUUUCCAGUGCCAGCCCGUCUCGUACUACUGGCUGAAGCACACGGACCGCAUCACCGGCGCAUGCUUAAACGAAGAGGUUAUUACGGGCUCGACAUACGCCGCCGCCGCGAUCAAUGCCUGUGCAGAUUGGAUUCUGGGGUUACUACCGAUUGCCCUGGUGUGGAACCUGGACCUCGGAAAGAGGUCCAAGGUUUCCGUUGCCGGCAUCCUGGCUCUUGGGUCAAUCGCAUCCUCAGCUACCAUCGUCCGCAUCCCGUACGUGUGGCAGCUAACCCACGACACCGAUAUCCUGUACGAGUUCACCGACCUUGCGCUAUGGUCAACCGUCGAGAACGGCCUUGGGCUCACGGCCUCGUCCAUCGCCACCCUUAAGCCCUUGUUUCGCACCUUCUUCGGCAACCCUCCACCGCCGCCGGGGUCGCCUCUCUCGCGGAAGAGGGCGUCGGGGUCCGUCGCGUUCCACUGUCGGGGUGAGAGUGAAGAUAGUCGGUACUAUGAGAUGGAUGAUUAUCCGCAGAGUGUCCGGUAG